AUGAGGGCAUCUAGACGGUGAGGGCAUCUAGUUGGUGAGGGCAUCUAGACGGUGAGGGCAUCUAGACGGUGAGGGCAUCUAGACGGUGAGGGCAUCUAGUUGGUGAGGGCAUCUAGUUGGUGAGGGCAUCUAGACGGUGAGGGCAUCUAUUUGGUGAGGGCAUCUAGACGGUGAGGGCAUCUAGUUGGUGAGGGCUAUAGACGGUGAGGGCAUCUAGACGGUGAGGGCAUCUAGUUGGUGAGGGCAUCUAGACGGUGAGGGCAUCUAUUUGGUGAGGGCUCUAGACGGUGAGGGCAUCUAGACGGUGAGGGCAUCUAGACGGUGAGGGCUCUAGACGGUGAGGGCAUCUAGUUGGUGAGGGCAUCUAGAUGGUGAGGGAAUCUAGUUGGUGAGGGCAUCUAGACGGUGAGGGCAUCUAGAGGGUGAGGGCAUCUAGACGGUGAGGGCAUCUAGUUGGUGAGGGCUCUAGACGGUGAGGGCAUCUAGACGGUGAGGGCUCUAGACGGUGAGGGCAUCUAGUUGGUGAGGGCAUCUAGACGGUGAAGGCAUCUAGACGGUGAGGGCAUCUAGACAGUGAGGGCAUCUAGACAGUGAGGGCAUCUAGUUGGUGAGGGCAUCUAGACGGUGAGGGCAUCUAGUUGGUGAGGGCUCUAGACGGUGAGGGCAUCUAGACGGUGAGGGCAUCUAGACGGUGAGGGCAUCUAGACGGUGAGGGCAUCUAGACAGUGAGGGCAUCUAGUUGGUGAGGGCAUCUAGACGGUGAGGGCAUCUAGUUGGUGAGGGCAUCUAGUUGGUGAGGGCAUCUAGUUGGUGAGGGCUCUAGACGGUGAGGGCAUCUAGACGGUGAGGGCAUCUAGACGGUGAGGGCUCUAGACGGUGAGGGCUCUAGACGGUGAGGGCAUCUAGACGGUGAGGGCAUCUAGUUGGUGAGGGCUCUAGACGGUGAGGGCAUCUAGACGGUGAGGGCAUCUAGACGGUGAGGGCUCUAGACGGUGAGGGCUCUAGACGGUGAGGGCAUCUAGACGGUGAGGGCUCUAGACGGUGAGGGCUCUAGACGGUGAGGGCUCUAGAUGGUGAGGGCAUCUAGACGGUGAGGGCUCUAGACGGUGAGGGCAUCUAGAUGGUGAAGGCAUCUAGUUGGUGAGGGCAUCUAGAGGGUGAGGGCAUCUAGUUGGUAAGGGCAUCGUAGCCUUAGCUAGGUGGGGUGGUGUUCGUCUAACGUAGCCUUAGCUAGGUGGGGUGGUGUUUGUCUGUUCAAUGGUUUUCCUCUUUGUAAUUUUAUAUUAGGCUACGUCCAAGUUCUUGAAAUCCACUUUCAACUCUCCUUUCGUCCUCCCUCCUUUCUCUCCCAACCUGUUAUAUGAAAUUGCACCAGCAGAGGGCAGAAUUAUAUAGGUCAAUCCAUAGCCAUAUAUCAAGAGUAUUACACUGAACAAAAAUAUAAAAGCAACAUGUAAAGUUUUGGUCCCAUGUUUUAAUGAGCUGAAAUAAAAGAUCCCAGAAAUGUUCCAUACGCACAAAAGCUUAUUUCUCUCAGAUUUUGUCCACACAUUUGUUUACCUCCCUAUUAGUGAGCAUUUCUCCUUUACCAAGAUAAUCCAUCCACUUGACAGGUGUGGCGUAUCAAGAAGCUGAUUAAACAGCGUGAUCAUUACAAAGGUGCACCUUGUGCUGGGGACAAUAAAAGGCCACUCUAAAAUAGUUUUGCCACACAACACAAUGCCACAGAUGUCUCAAGUUUUGAGGGAGCAUGCAAUUGGCAUGCUGACUGCAGGAAUGUCCAUCAGAGCUGUUGCCAGAUAAUUGAAUGUUAAUUUCUCUACCAUAAGCCGCAUCAGAGAAUUUGGCAGUACCUCCAACCAGCCUCACAACCGCAGACCACGUGUAUGGCGCCGUGUGGGCGAGCAGUUUGCUGAUGUCAACGUUGUGAACAGAGUGCCCCAUGGUGGUGUGGGGUUAUGGUAUGGGCAGGCAUAAGCUAAAGACAAUGAACACAAUUGCAUUUUAUCGAUGGCAAUUUGAAUACACAGAAAUACCCUAACGAGAUCCUGAGGCCCAUUGUGAGGUCAUUUUUUUAAAGGGAUCUGUGACCAACAGAUACAUAUCUGUAUUCACAGUCAUGUGAAAUCCAUAGAUUAGGGCCUAAUGGAUUUAUUUCAAUUGACUGAUUUCCUCAUAUGAGGAUAUCUUUGAAAUUGUUGCAUGUUGCGUUUAUUUUUUUGUUCAGUAUAUGUAGUUGCCUCUGGGUCAAUUGUUGGACAUCUCUUGUUGCAGGUGAGCACCGAGAGAAGACCAUCCCAAUGGUGGUGAAGUUCUGCAGUGUGGAGGAUGAUGAACUCAGGGAGUACUGCUUCCAGGCCUUUCAAGCUUUGACUGCAGGUAAAACUCUCUAGUGAAUGUCUCUCUGUCUCUCUCUCUCUCUCUCUCUCGAUCUCUGUGUCUCUCUCGAUAUCUCUUUCGAUGUCUCUCUCGAUAUCUCUUUCGAUCACUCUCUGUCUUAUGAUUUCACCCAUUACUAAUUGACCAGAGGCCCGCACUCACGUGAGAUUUGGUUCUGGGUUGCUGAGAUUAGACACAAUUGAACUACAGCCCCAUAACUACAGCCCUAUAACUACAGACCUAUAACUACUAUGUUUUACACCUUACCUGUUGUUUUUUAAUAAUAGAUGCCCUAAUGAGAUGUCCCCUCAUAUCCCCACGGUGAUCAAGCUGCGUCUGAGAUACAUCACCUAUGAGCCCAACUACAGUCGUGGUCAAAAGUUUUGAGAAUGACACAAAUAUUAAUUUUCACAAAGUCUGCUGCCUCAGUUUUUAUGAUGGCAAUUUGUAUAUACUCCAGAAUGUUAUGAAGAGUGAUCAGUUAAUUGCAAAGUCCCUCUUUGCCAUGAAAAUGAACUUAAUCCCCAAAAAACAUUUCCACUGCAUUUCAGCCCUGCCACAUCAGGACCAGCUGACAUCAUGUCAGUGAUUCUCUCGUUAACACAGGUGAGAGUGUUGACGAGGACAAGGCUGGAGAUCACUCUGUCAUGCUGAUUGAGUUAGAAUAACAAACUGGAAGCUUUAAAAGGAGGGUGGUGCUUGAAAUCAUUGGUCUUCCUCUGUUAACCAUGGUUACCUGCAAGGAAAUGUGCCGUCAUCAUUGCUUUGCACAAAAAGGGCUUCACAGGCAAGGAUAUUGCUGCUAGUAAGAUUGCACCUAAAUCAACCAUUUAUCGGAUCAUCAAGCACUUCAAGGAGAGAGGUUCAAUUGUUGUGAAGAAGGCGUCAGGGCGCCCAAGAAAGUCCAGCAAGCGCCAGGACCAUCUCCUAAAGUUGAUUCAGCUGCGGGAUCGGGGCACCACCAGUGCAGAGCUUGCUCAGGAAUGGCAGCAGGCAGGUGUGAGUGCAUCUGCACGCACAGUGAGGCGAAGACUUUUGGAGGAUGGCCUGGUGUCAAGAAGGGCAGCGAGGAAGCCACUUCUCUCCAGGAAAAACAUCAGGGACAGACUGAUAUUCUGCAAAAGGUGCAGGGAUUGGACUGCUGAGGACUGGGGUAAAGUCAUUUUUUCUGAUGAAUCCCCUUUCCGAUUGUUUGGGGCAUCCGGAAAAAAGCUUGUCCAGAGAAGACAAGGUGAGCACUACCGUCAGUACUGUGUCAUGCCAACAGUAAAGCAUCCUGAGACCAUUCAUGUGUGGGGUUGCUUCUCAACCAAGGGAGUGGGCUCACUCACAAUUUUGCCUAAGAACACAGCCAUGAAUAAAGAAUGGUACCAACACAUCCUCCGAGAGCAACUUCUCCCAACCAUCCAAGAACAGUUUGGUGAUGAACAAUGCCUUUUCCAGCAUGAUGGAACACCUUGCCAUAAGGCAAAAGUGAUAACUAAGUGGCUCAGGGAACAAAACAUCAACAUUUUGGGUCCAUGGCCAUGAAACUCCCCAGACCUUAAUCACAUUGAGAACUUGUGGUCAAUCCUCAAGAGGCGGGUGGACAAACAAAAACCCACAAAUUCUGGACAAACUCCAAGCAUUGAUUAUGCAAGAAUGGGCGGCCAUCAGUCAGGAUGUGGCCCAGAAGUUAAUUGACAGCAUGCCAGGGCGGAUUGCAGAGGUCUUGAAAAAGAAGGGUCAACACUGCAAAUAUUGACUCUUUGCAUAAACUUAAUGUAAUUGUCAAUAAAAGCCUUUGACACUUAUGGAAUGCUUGUAAUUAUACUUCAGUAUACCAUAGUAACAUCUGACAAAAAUAUCUAAAAACACUGAAGCAGCAAACUUUGUGAAGACCAAUACUUGUGUCAUUCUCAAAACUUUUGACCACAACUGUACAACUAUGAAGUGGAUGAGAACUGGGAUGAGUCCAUGGACACAGAGGCCAGAGAGGAUGAGGACCAUGGUGUUAUUUUGAAUGUCUUUAUUUCCAAAUAUAUACAGUUGCAACGCCACAUUUUACUCAGUGGUUGCAACUUUGUAAAACAGUGACAUACAUCACCAUGUUUAUUUAAUUGGUACUGUACACUGUUAAAAUGUGCAAUGUAAAAAAAUAUGCAACUAAGCUGCCACCGUUGUGUAGGAGUUCGAAUGUGCUUUGCAAAGUUUUUAGCUUUUCAACACUGCCCUGCCCCCUGUAGAGUCUGAUGACGAGUACAGUGACGACAUGAGCUGGAAGGUGCGGAGGUCAUCUGUUAAGUGUCUGGAGGCUGUGAUCAGCACCAGGAGAGACCUGCUAGUAGAGCUGUAUGGUCCAGUGGCUCCAGCCCUGCUGGCUCAGUUUAAACAGAGGGAGAACUUCAAGACGGAUAUAUUUGUAGCUUUUGUGGCUUUGCUCAAGCAGACCAGGCCCUCUGAGGGACUCAUCACAGCAGCAGAAACCGGAGGCAAAGAAGACCCAGUUAUCACUCUGCUUAAGAAGACCCAGUUAUCACUCUGCUUAAGAAGACCCAGUUAUCACUCUGCUUAAGAAGACCCAGUUAUCACUCUGCUUAAGAAGACCCAGCUAUCCCUCUGCUUAAGAAGACCCAGCUCUCACUCUGCUUAAGAAGACCCAGUUAUCACUCUGCUUAAGAAGACCCAGCUCUCACUCUGCUUAAGAAGACCCAGUUAUCACUCUGCUUAAGAAGACCCAGCUAUCCCUCUGCUUAAGAAGACCCAGCUAUCCCUCUGCUUAAGAAGACCCAGCUCUCACUCUGCUUAAGAAGACCCAGCUAUCCCUCUGCUUAAGAAGACCCAGUUAUCACUCUGCUUAGGAAACAAGUAGUUUGUUGUUGUUGUUUAACCAUUAUUAAUCCAGGCUAGUCUCAUUGAGAUAAAAUGCCUUUUAAAAGUGAGUCCUAAUCCAAGACAACAGCCGGGCAUGCAGUAAAAGCAAUACUGUAUCACAAUGCUUACUUAACUGCGAGGACAUAUUUCAGUACGUUUUAUCUGAGCUUUCCCUCAGUGGUGGGAUUUUCAAUGCUUUGUUUGUUUGUUGUUUCCCAGCAGGUCCCCACAGUAGUGAAGGCUCUCCACGAGCAGCUGAAAGAGAAGAGCAUGAAGUCUAGACAGGGCUGUUUCUGUCUGCUGACAGAUCUGGCCAACAUACUGCCAGGAGCCCUGGGGACACACACACCAGCCAGGAGCCCUGGGGGAACACACACCAGCCAGGAGCCCUGGGGGGACACACACCAGCUCUCACCUCUGGUAACUUCACUUACAUGUUCAUUUACUACAUUCCUUUGUUUAUUUUUUGGGCCAGUAGUUUUUCCAUAACGUGACCUAGAAAAACUCUGGGCCUACUGUAGUGAUAGGCUACAAAAAUUGUUAAUUUCUUCUCUGUACUUACUCAGGACUAUUUCCUGUCCCUAGAUAGUUACCUACAGUAACUUAAAAGGAAAUAGUGUUACAAUGGCUAUUGGUACAAUGCCAAGAAGUCAACUUGACAUUCAUAUUAAUCUUCUCUCUUCAGGUAUCGUUUACUCACAGACAAGUCUACCUCGUCCAACAUGAAGAUCAACGCCCUCUCUUUCCUCUAUGUCCUCCUGUGCAGCCACCCUCCUGACGUCUUCCACCCUCACAUUAAGGUUAUUCUGCCCCCCCGUUGGUGCAGUGUGGAGGACCCCUUCUAUAAGAUCACCUCGAGGCCAUACUGGUCACUCAGCAGAUGAUACGCCCAUUAGGCUGUCAGAGGUUAGAGAGGUGGACCAGGAAAAUAAAGGUUGUGGUUCAAGUCCCGGGCCGGGCGAUGAAAAAGUGGAGACUGAAUUGGCAACUGGAUAGCUACUGGUGUCAGAUCAUUACUGACACUACCAUGGUGCCCUUGAGCAAGGCACUUAACCCCUAAAAUAGCUCUCCAUCCAAGGAAGCUGCACCGUGUCUGACCCUGUGCCUCUCAACGUGUUUUCCGGAUUUCUGUUAUAGCCAAAUGGACAAUAAAGUAUCUAUUAUCUUCUAUUCUAGACAAACUAUCUGCCUCUACGUUCGACGUCAAGCCCUACGUGAAGGACUUGUUCGCUGGGACCCUGAAGAGGACGAAGGCUGCAGACAUAGACCAGGAAGUGAAGGAGAGGGCCAUUUCCUGUAUGGGUCACGUCAUAUGUCACCUAGGAGACCAGCUGGGUGGGGACCUCCAGCCAACCCAGCAGAUCUUCCUGGAGAGGCUGAAGAACGAGAUCACCAGGUAGGCAGGGUAGAGAGGCGGACCAUCAGUAUCCAAGGUACCAUCUUCUGCUGUUGUGCCCUUGACCCCUAAACUGCUCCAUUCCUCCAACAGUAUCUCUGUGACAAAGUAUAUUCUCUUCUGUACUCUCCUCCCGUACUCUCCUCUCCGGUUGACAGCAGUGAAGACCUUGACUCUCAUCGCCGCGUCACCCCUUAGGAUUGACCUCCGACCUUUACUUACUGAGGGAAUCCCCAUCCUGGGCUCCUACCUGGUGUGUUUCAUCUGGUUAAUUCCCCGUUGCUCCAAGGAGGGUCUCUCUUCACCAUCCUCAAGUUCUUCCAAGCGCUGGUGGUCACCAAGGCUGGGAACAUGGGAUACAACGGGCCCCUUUCAGAGCUUGGAGAAGGCUGCAGACCCCACACCCAUGCACAGACAGUCCUACUACUCUGUGACCAGGUAGUUACAUUUACGUCAUUUAGCAGACGCUCUUAUCCAGAGUCACUUAUAUUUAGUGCAUACAUUAUUUAAUUUUUUUCAUACUGGCCCCCCGUGGGAAUCAAACCCACAACCCUGGCAUUGCAAAAGCCAUGCUCUACCAACUGAGCUACAUCCCUGCCGGCCAUUCCCUCCCCUACCCUGGACGAAUUGUGCGCCGCCCCAUGGGUCUCCCGGUCGCGGCCGGCUACGACAGAGCCUGGAUUCGAACCACUCGGGAGGUUAGUUGUAGUUUGAUUGAUUGAUUAAUUCAUUCAUUGGAUUGGUUGAUUUGUUAAAGUAACACUAAAUAUGCUUUCUAUAUUUUAUUUUCUCUUUCUCAUGUUUGGCCAGGUGUGUGGCUACUCUCUCCUCCGUGUGCCCUAAAGAAGCUUCCGGAAUGGUCACCUCCUUCAUCCAGGAAGUGAAGAACCUCAAGUCUUUCCUCUGUCUGGGGGAGGUGGGGCGUACCAUCAACCUGGGGAGUCAGAAGGAGCUAAAGACCGUGACCCUGGAGGCCUUCUCCUCUCCCAACGAGGGUGCUCUGGGGAACAUCUGUGUGGGCAACCUGGAGGAGUACCUUCCCUUUAUGCUGAAGGAGAUCGGUAGCCAGCCUAAGAGAAGGUACCUCUGGAAAAGUGCUCUGGAUAAGAGUGUCUGCUAAAUGACGUAAAUGUAAAUGUACCUGCUGUUACACAGCCUCAAAGAGGUGAUCAGCGCCUGCUCGGCAGAGAGCUUGUUGGCCCACGUCGAGGAUAUCUGGGCUCUGAUCUUUAAGAACAGUGAGUGUGCAGAGGGGACAAGGAAUGUGGUGGCGGAGUGUCUGGGGAAACUCACCAUGGUCAACCCGGCUCAGCUCCUGCCCAAGCUCAAACAACAGCUGUCUUCAGGGUCUCCUAUGACCCACAUUACUGUGGUCACUACUGUUAAGUUCACCAUUGUUGAUCAGCCUGUGCCCAUAGAUUUAUUGCUCAAGGGAUGCUUAAAAUAACAAAUGAAUAAAAGUGAAAUGACAGCCUUGUUCCGUAUAGUGCACUACUUUGAGCCAAAGCCACAUCUGGUUAAAAAUAGUGCAUCCUAUGAAGAACAGGGUGUCACUUGAAAUGCACACGCAGUUAACAUAUCCAGGGUUGUAUUCAUUAGAGCAAUUGGAAACGUUGCUCUAAUGAAUCAGUCUGCUUUUCUUCCAUUUGGUGUGUAAUAAACACGACCCUGUUCUCUAUGCCAGGCGACUUCCUGAAGACUCUGCAGGACAAAGACCCCGAACGUCCGUUGCGUGAUGUUUAACUCUGCUGCCCACAACAAACCUUCUCUGAUCCGCGGCCUGCUAGCCUCAGUCCUCCCUAUCCUCUAUAAUGAAACACAUAUCUGGAAAGAGCUCAUUAGAGAGAUAUUCUAAAAAACUCAUGGGCUGGUUUCCCUAGGUUUUCACUAGAGCUGGACUAAAAAGUACUUUCAAUGGAGAAAGUCCUAGGUUUAAUAUCUGACUGGGAAACCAGCCCUUUAUGUGUCGAGUGGAAUAUUUCUAUGCAUCUAAACAACUCUCAUCUGCAAGGAUAGUAACAUGAUGUAGCCUAGUGGGUAAGAGCGUUGGGCCAGUCACUGAAAGGUUGCUGGUUCGAAUCCUUGAGCCGACUAGGUGAAAAAUCUGGCGACGUGCCUUUGAGCAAGGCACUUAACCCUGAUUGCUCCUGUAAGUCGCACUGAAUAAGAGCGUCUGUAAAAUGAGCUCUGCCUAUCUCACGUUGAGAUGGGUUCGUUUAGGAACAUAGUGGAUGACGGUCUGGACGUGAGGGAAUUGUUUGAGUGCAUGUACACACUGCUGGACAGUGGACUGGACUGCCUUGACAUCUUCCGAGUUCCUCAACCACAUAGAAGACCUGAAAGACCACUACGACAUCAGAUUAAGACUGCACGCAAACAUUAUAGCACCGCAAACUAACUUCCUCAAGGACUUUACAGCCCCUAAAACACGGUAUUGGUGUUUUUGGGCACUGCUAAACUGGACAAAUUAAGCGUAAAAAACGCAGCCAACUAACUCAAUGGUUUUUCGAUGAGAGCAGUGCAUUGCUAGGGCGGCAGGUAGCUUAGUGGGUAAGAGCGUUGUGCCAGUAACCGAAAGGUCGCUGGUUCUAAUCCCCGAGCCGACUAGGUGAAAAAUCUGUCGAUGUGCCCUUGAGCAAGGCACUUAACCCUAAAUUGCUCCUGUAAGUCGCUCUGAUAAGAGCGUCUGCUAAAUGACCAAAAAAAAUUAAAAAAAAUAAUUGCUGGUGAUUCGGGGAGGGCCACGCUGUCCCUCAGAAAAGGUCGUUUUAUUCUCGGCCCCCAGAACCAAAAAUCAGCUGCUGUUUGGUGAAGGCUGUUAUGAAACUUUGAAGAGAACGUCUUUAUGGUCUUAUUUCUCUAAUAAGUCUUCCUGCAUGUCCUGCAGAUGCUGAUUCAUCAUGCUGGCCAGACUCUCCUGUCUGUGUCCCAACACUGUGGUCCAGAGGCCACUCAGCGCAACCUGCACCACGAAGGUAAGUGGUGACAUGGCAGUCCACACAAGCAGAAAAUAAUUAAAGGUGGUUUUGGUUGGAACUUUUAUCUGGAUGUCCGAAAACACUUGUAAUAGAAUCCACAGACUAGAAAAGAUCUGACUUGUGCACAGGAUUCUCACUUUUUAUCUGGGUUGAUUUAGAAUUAACCAGUUUAUCUUUAAGCACAGUGGAAGGCAUGGACACCAGUUAAAACUAAAUGACAGGAGGGAACACCCCAGAAUAAUUUUAAGUUAUUCUUUAAAAUGAAAUGACAAUGUUUAACAGAAACCAAAGCCAGUGCCCAACAUUUUGGCUAGAUGCCUUUGUAUGGCUGUCUUAGGUCAUACUCACUGCCUCAGACAUUAUUCUACAGGGUCCCCUGUAGCUCAGUUGGUAGAGCAUGGCGCUUGCAACGCCAGGGUUGUGGGUUCGUUUCCCACAGGGGGCCAGUAUGAAAAAUGUAUGCACUCACCAACUGUAAAUCGCUCUGGAUAAGAGAGUCUGCUAAAUGACUAAAAUGUCAAAUGUAUUCAUAUUCUGCCUUGGAAGUUGAUAGUUGAAAACGUGCCUUCUGGACAAGCCGGUGGUAUCCAGUGCCAUUUUGUAGGGCUGUCAUGUUGAUACAGUAUUCCCAAUUAAUGCAUCGCAAAUAAACAAAAAGUUUAGUUCUAGUGUGUAAAACGUAAAACUAGCAUUAAGCCCCCCACCCCCCGUAAAGCAUUGAUGAACUGGCAAAGAAGACUGUAAAUACUAUCUACACGUAUAGAUCAUUUAUUGAACAAACAAUAAAUAGAUAACAGGUGGGUCUAGAUCACUCGUGUUCCUCGCUGCGUAGCCUGGCGUUGGGGUUGGUGAUCUUGAUAGCAAGCUGAGCUGCCCUCUCCACGAUCAACUUCCUGUUCUUUGACGACACAUUGUGGGCUAUCUCUGCAGCAUGGGUCCUGUGGAGGUCAAGGGGACAUAAAUGUAAUAGUAAUAGACAUGAGGGCAAAAAAUGUGAUUUCUCUGGAAACAACUGUCAUCAGGGUUAGGGUUGAUUCCAUUUCGAUAAGGCAAGCCAGUGGCUGCGGAACCGGGACCAUGAGGGAUGUGGAACUCAACUCGAGGUCAACAGUUGGAGAGAAGAUACUGCUAGAAGGGGGGGGGGGGCCACGUCGAAGAACAUCUCACAAAUACAUACUCACUCCCAUGAGGGUCCUAGAGUUAGGCAGGGCCAUGACAAUACCAGUAAGAGGCACCUACUGUGGUUCUGCUUAUAACGCCACAGAUGGAUUGGUUAUCUUAAGACAUGCAAGGAGGUGACUCCGCCUAGUUGGAAGGUAUAAAGACAGCUGUAUGACCCAGUGGGGUGAAUAAACUUGGUUUGAGCUUUUUCUAGUCAUCUGUGAGUUUUUAACUCUUGUUUGUUCAGAACCUAACACACCUCACGGAACAGACAUCUGUGGUUCGGAUCUUACUUGUUGCUCAUCAUGAGGACCUCCAGCUCUCUGAUGUUGUGUACCAGGAACUUCCUGAAGCCGGAGGGCAGCAUGUGUUUGGUCUUCUUGUUGCUACCGUAGCCGAUGUUGGGCAUCAGCAUCUGGCCCUUGAAGCGCCGCCGCACCCUGUUGUCGAUACCACGGGGUUUACGCCAGUUUUGCUACAAAGGAGAAGAUAGUUGAGAAAGAGUAAGGCAGUAUCCUGUAAAUACACUAGCCAUGGUUACCAAGGCUGCGUUUACACAGACAGCACUAUUCUGAUCUUUUACCCAAUUAUUGGCAAGAGAUUAUCUGAUUGGAAAAAGACCCGUUCGUGAAUACUGAAGGGAGUACAGUACAUGAACUUGUCCAAGAAGAAACACUUGUUUUCCGUGCGCCCUAAUGAAUACGACCCUGGUUUAACACAUCCACGUGCCAAGGAUUGAAAUACCGUUGCUCUAAUUAAGGUUAUUGUGGUCUGAACCGUACCUUGACUUUGACAUAACGGUCUGACUGAUGUCUGAUGAACUUCUUCACCCUCUUCUUGACGAUCUUGGGCCUUUUCAGAGGCCUGA